UCUUUCUUACAAAUAAAAAAAUAGAAUUUUAAUUUAUCAAACAUGAUUUUUUGUUAAAGUGAAAUAAGCGUGAAACUAGUAAUUUGGAGAUUUAGUGGAAUCUAUAAUCAUGUAUAAAUUAAAUGUGGCAACGUGGUUUCUUUUAAUCUUUUGAAAGUAAGGUUAUGAAGGAUUGUUUAUUAUUUGUGUUUAAGAAAAGUAUUUGUAUAAUGUUUAAUAGAUUUGGUUUCAAGAUUUUACCAAGCGUUUGUAGGUUUUCUCAAAAAGUAGCACAACCGUUAAGAAGUAAAAAACCUAAAUCAUCAGCAUCCACUAUACAAAGUUACGUUGAUAUCAAACACCUCAGAGUAGUCGGUGGUAAAGGAGGAGAUGGUUGUAUUUCAUUUCUUUCUGUAUUUGGUAACGAAUUUGCCGGUCCGGAUGGAGGAGACGGUGGCAAUGGAGGUCACGUAAUUUUUCAACCGUCUGAAGACGUGAAAGACUUGAGUCGAGUUCCAACAGUAGCGCGAGCUAACAAUGGAAUUAACGGAACUACUAAGGAUUGUCAUGGAAAAAAUGCCGAUCAUUGUUCAAUUAAAGUACCCGUAGGAACAAUAAUUAAAGAUUCGACUGGUAAGGUGGUUGGUGAUUUAUCACAUCCAAGUUUGCUAUUUGUAGCGGCCAGAGGCGGUGCCGGAGGCAAAGGAAACCACUACUUCAUUUCUGAUACACAACAAACACCUCAGAUUUGUGAAUAUGGAGCUCAAGGUGAAGAUUUAGAAUAUACUAUUGAAGUUAAAAGUAUGGCCCAUAUUGGACUGAUAGGUUUCCCAAAUGCUGGUAAAAGUACUUUAUUAAGGGCCAUUUCGAGAGCCAGACCUAAAGUAGCACCUUAUCCAUUUACUACAUUAAAACCACAUGUUGGAAUAGUGCAGUACGACGACUACGAACAAAUAGCAGGUGAUAUAACAAAAUUUGUAUUCAUAUUUUGUUUUUAUAACGAACAUUUUGUUUUUCAAGUUGCCGAUUUACCAGGUUUGAUACCAGAUUCUCACAAAAACAAAGGAUUAGGAAUUCAAUUUUUGAAACAUGCCGAAAGAUGUACUGCACUCUUGUACAUAAUUGAUAUGUCAGAACCGGAACCAUGGCGACAUCUUGAAGUUUUACAAUUCGAAUUAUCACAGUUCAACGAUGAUCUUAAUUCAAGACCACAAUUGAUAGCCGCAAAUAAAAUAGAUGUUCCAAUAGCAGAAGAAAACGUAGAGGAAUUGAAAAAAAGGACUGAUAUACCGGUUAUACCGAUUAGUGCUAAAUUGGGUACGAAUGUAUCAUCACUUCUAAGGGAAAUUAAAAUUAUUUAUGAUAAAGAGAAAGAAAAUAAACAGUGAUGAUUUUAAAACAAA